GUACCGAAUACCGAUUAUAAUGACUGUAUUUGUGGUCAUAAUCAGGAACUAAUGUGAUAUUGCUGAAAUUCAAAGCAAUGGCUGAUAAAUCUGCGCGUAUCAAAAUGAAGAAUGUGUGUCGUAGUGAUAAAGAAAAGGUUGAGAUAAAGUCAGAGAUCAAUGAAGAGCGUCGACAGUUACUGUUACCAAGGAAAUCUUUGGAAUUGAAGAAACAGAUGGGUCAGGAGUUGCCUAUUGGAAUUGUUGAUCAAUCAAAGGAUGUGCUAAAUUUGCAGAUAAAGCCUGAACCUAUGGACUAUAGUUGUGUACAUAGUUUAGGCCACAUUUUAAAAGCUUCUGAGUCUAGUAGAAUUACUGACUGUAUUAAUCGUUUAGAUGGGAGACAAAUAAAGAAUGAAAUGUCAACAUCUUUCGAACUAUGUGGAGAUGAAAUUGACCAUAUGCUACAGCAAGAUCGCAUGAAAUUACUGGCAUCAAAAGAGAGUUCUGAUUUGGAGGAGCAUUCAAAAUAUUAUGAUUUCGCCCAAGAAAUUGAACCAGCUGCAUUGGUUGAGACGCCUAUUGCUUCUGAAGCAGCAUUGAACGAAGAUGCUCCAGGACUUGCACAGUUGUUAUUGCAAAAAGGGAUCAACAUGAGUGAAAUUAAGCUUUACAGCGUCAUUGAUGGAAACUUUUCAGACCUUGAAUCUGUAAUAUCAAAGAUUUUCACUCGGGCGGCUCCUUCACGUUUUUCUGGAAAGUCUAGGAAAAAGAAUUAUUUUCUGCCUUGUCUAGUUGCAUUGGUGGAACAUGCACGAUAUUGUAUGCUUAAGCAUAACAAUUGGCCUGUUGAAUGGGGAUGGUCCAGAGAUCUAAAUGCAUUCAUAUUUGUGUUCAGAAAGAAUUACAAGGUUUUGAUUGAACGUCCAGAAUAUAAAUAUGCUCUGUACACAUUUGAGUUGUCAAGGUACUUAUCCACUAAAUGGCAGAUUAAGCGGAUAGUGAUAACGAUGAAGCUCAUGACCUGUAGUUGUUGGAGCACCAUAAUCAAGAAUAGACCGUUAAAGGUAGGAGAUGAUUUGAGUGAAAAAGAAGCAAACGUUCUUAGGGAAUAUGGAUGGAAACCUAAUACAGGUUUAGGUACUAUGCUUGAAUAUUACAAUUAUCGAGACUAUAAAUGGGCACGUAACAAAAAAAUUCAAUCAAAUUGGGAGGCAAAUAUUAUAAAGUUACUUUCAGACGGGAUGGAUGAUGGAUAUACGCCAAUGUAUGAAGCUGAUAUUCCUAAGAAGGCUGCUGAAUAUUGCGAAGCUUUUCACUGUGAUGAGGAGGAUGUAGAUGUAGAGUUAAAGGCAGAGAUCAAUGAAGAGCGACGCCAGUUACUGUCACCAAGGAAAUCUUUGGAAUUGAAGAAACUGUUGGGUCAGGAGUUGCCUAUUGGAAUUGUUGAUCAAUCAAAGGAUGUACUAAAUUUGCAGAUAAAGCCUGAACCUAUGGACUAUAGUCAUGUACAUAGUUUAAGCCACACUUCAACAGCUUCUGAGUCUAGUAGAAUUACUGACUGUAUUAAUCGUUUAUAUGGAGAACAAAUAAAGAGUGAAAUGUCAACAUCUUUCGAACCAUGUGGAGAUGAAAUCGACCAUAUGCUACUGCGAGAUCGCAUGAAAUUAAUGGCAUCGAAAGAGAGUCCUGAUAUGGAGGAGCAUUCAAAAAAUUAUGAUUUCGCCCAAGAAAUUGAACCAACUCAUCUAUUAAAGAACUUCCGUCCAAGGAAACAUAGGAAAACUGCUACUGAUUCAAUUGAAGCAGCAUUGGAGGAAGAUGCUCCAGGACUCGCACAGGUGUUACUGGAAAAAGGGAUUGCCGUGAGUGAAAUUAAGCUUUACGGAUCAUCAGAGAGUGAUGAAGUCAUUGAUGAUGAUGGUGAAUAUAGUGAAGAAGGAAUCUUUUCAGAACUUGAAUCUUUAAUAUCAAAGCUUUUCACCCAGAAGCCUUCAUUAUUGAAAUUGCCUACUUUACGUUCUUUUGGAAAGUCUGAGAAAAAGAGUUAUUGUCUGGCUUGUCUAGUUGCAUUGGUGGAGCAGUCAAGAUAUUUAGUGUUUAGCAAGUGGCCUGUUGAAUGGGGAUGGUGCAGAGAUCUUAAUGCAUUCAUAUUUGUGUUCAGAAGGCAUAACAGGAUUGUGCUUGAGCGUCCAGAAUAUGGAUAUGCUACGUACUCCUUUCGGUUGUCGAAGAUCUUACCCAUUAAAUGGCAGAUUAAGCGGUUAGUGAUAACGAUGAAACUCGCAAACUGUAGUAGGACCGCCAUAAGUGAGAAUAUACCGUUAAAGGUGGGAGAUGAUUUGAGUGAAGGAGAAGCAAAAGUUCUUAAGGAAUAUGGAUGGGAACCUAAUACUGGAUUAGGUGCGAUGCUUGAUUAUUACGAUAGAAUUGUUCAUACACGUAACAAAGUAGAAAACCCGUCAGAAUGGAAGGCAAAGAUUGUAAAGUUACUUACAGACGGAUUAACGGAUGGAUAUACGCUCAUGUCUGAAACUGAUAUUCCUAAGAAGGCUGCUGAAUAUUCUGAUCGUUUUGGCCCUGAUGAGAAAGAUGUAGAGUUCUAAAAAAAGUAGAAAUGAUAUCUUUUGCUAUGGUAUGUUACCUAGUUAGUUGUAUAGGAUUUUAACAACUUUUCAUAAUAGUGUCUUCUUUACUACUUCUUUAGUAACAUACAAAAAAAACAGUGGUUGCUAUUUCAUUAUCAAUAUUCCAUUUCAAAUAAAUGU